AUGGUAGCCACUAGAAGAUCGUCUGGAAAAUUCAUAGAUGUGGAAUUAAGUGAUAACGGGAAAGAAUUACAAGAAGUUAUCCCUAUUGAAGAACAACGAGCGGCAAUUGCACGGGCAUCACAAGAAAGUGAAGAGGAUGAGAUCCAAGAAACAUCUCCAGUGUUGGUAGAACCACCUCCACCAACAAAGAAGAAAGAGACUAGAGGUCGAAAGAGAAAAAAUCCCAAUGCAAAUUCAACAUCUUCAGACUCUUCGGCAUCAUCAUCAUCGGCAUCGUCGUCGUCAUCGUCUUCCUCGUCGUUUGAUCCUGUUAAAAAAAUCGAGAGAAGGGGUCGGAAAAGAAAGAAUCCGGAUGUUUCAGUUCCAACAACCAUAAAAAGAACGUCAGUACAAAAUAAUUUAGUCCGUUCAACUGAUAAACAAGCCCCAACUGACACUAGUAUUGCAACCAAUGUCGUUCCAAACAAACAUAAGAUAAAUCAUUUAUUGACAGACGAUGCUCCACUACACCCACCACCUCAAGUCCAGAACUCAAUUUCCAGUGCGACAUUACCUUCAAACUCGUUAAAGUACAGCACAGCAAAUCCACAAUCAAUUCCAAAUGUGAUGCAAUUACCUGUAACCACCCCACAACGACCAGUUCUCCCAACUCCGGCCCUUUCAACCAAAACAGCAGCAGCAUUACAAUUCCUGUCUCAGGCAAACCCAUUAUCUGCCAAGUGGCCAGCUCCGAUGGCCAACGAUGCUCCGCGAGGUUCCAAAAAAUCUACUGCCGCAACUACAACUACAAGUGCAUCUAAACCAUCAGAAACAAGAACAACAAGAAAAGGACUGUCAUCUGGAAAUAGCAAUGGACGUAUUCCUAUAACUUCAAUUAUAUCACAAAAGAUUGAUCUGCAAGAUAUUCCGUUGAUGUUAGACGAUGGGUCGGGGACAGAAAAUGGCGACAAAAAGACGAAGAGAAGAUAUAGAGUUGAUCGUGAUAAUAUCAAGAUCAACAAAAGAAUCAUGUCUCAAGAUACAGAGGAUGUCAUAAAAAUGUUUAAAAAAUUUGACGAUGAAGUAUUGACCAAUCCAGAAGCUAGAUCUAGACUUUUGAGUCUUGGGUUUGAAACUAGAAAACGAUACAUUACUACUUUUAAACAUUAUAUAAGAUUUUGUUGCAAAAAGAAAUUAGAUAAAUUUUUUGUCACUGGAGAAUUGAUGAAAGAGUUUUAUCAAGAGCAAUUUGCAAUGAGUUCAUCAAAUAAACCUGUCAUUAGGUUAAGAAAAAUGGAUCCAGCAUUUUCAAAAUUACAGGAGAUUAAUUUCUUGGUUUAUCAUUUAGCAAAUAAGGAUAUCCCAAAUCGACAUUUGGCGUUAGAGUAUUUGGUAUAUAAGGAAAUGGGUCAAGAUCCUCCUACUAAUGGUUCAUCAGACGGAAAAAUUAAUACCCUCAAUGAAUCAGCCCCAGUAGCAGCCCCAGCUCCAGCCCCAGCCCCAGGGUCAUUACCAGGGUCAGUACCAGUAUCAAAAACAGGACCAAUAGCAGGGCCAGAGUCAGUACCAACACCUACACCUGCCCCAGUAUUACCACCAAUUGAAAACUUAGAUUCAGGGCAAAGACCUUCAACAAGGAGCUCGUCAAACAAAAAAACUGCAGAACAAAAGGAACAGGAAUUAACACCAUUAACAAGAAAUUCUGCAAACAAAAGAGGUCGGAAAAGUCUUAAACUGAAACUUAAUCUUCAACUGUCGACUUCUGGCACCGAUAUGGGAGAGACUAGUCUGUCAGAUAGCAAUGCAUUAAAAAUGAUCAAUAUGCAAUCAAGAUAUGUGCCACCAUUGCCACAACAACAACAACAACAACCUCAACAGCCGCCACAAAAAGUAUUAUCACAGCGGGCACUACCACCAACACAUUCAUUAGUUUCAUCAUCAGUACCAUCAUCAAUAACUACUUCUAAUGAUAACAAAUCAGGUGAUAGCACUCCAGUUUAUACCAAAAAAGUGACGAAGAAAAAUAUUGAAGCAAUUCGUAAAUCAUUUUCCAAAAUGCGACAAGAUAUUCAAGAAGCAUUACAUCGUGAUGUGUCAGUAGAUCCCGCAUUUGUUUCAAAAUUGGCUGAUAAUAUCAAUGCUUCAUUAGAUGAUUUUGAAUUACAAUUGAAUGGACCAUCACCACCACCUCCACAAAUGAAUAGUAAUGGCAUACCAAUAAUUGAUUUAAAUAAUAAAAUUUAUACCGUGUAUGACAUUUUAGAAGAAUGGUAUAAAAUUGAACCAAGUAUUGCUACUAGAUUAGAAAAAUGGGGAGAAGGUUGGAUAAGAGAUUCAAUUGAUCAUAAUACGUUUUUGGAACGGAAAUUGGUCGUGGAAUUUGUUGAGAGAAUGAGUAAAGAAUGUAAUGUUGAUAUUUAUGUGAUUGCUAAUGAUUGUGAUCGAUAUAUUCGUGAUAAAUCAAUCUUAGAAGAAUUUAUUGCUGAACUUGAUUUAGAUGUUGAUGAUUUAUUUAAAAGAAUAUUGAGAUAUAGACAAAGACGAGGGUGA